UCUUAUUAUGAAUGCAUGGUUCCACCUUCAAUUAUGAACGUAGAAAUCUAUAUUGUGUUAUUUUCUAUUAAGCCUGGCAGCAACACACUUAUCGGCAACACAGGGUGGAAUGAGGCUUCUUAACGGGUCUCAUUCGUAUCAGAAGGGAGAUCCCGGGUGGCGUUUCGGAAUAUUGCAUCCAAUCACUUGAGCACCUUGGUCUGUCUGCUUCAUCUGUAGAGGACAACGUACUGUGGGAGCUGACAGAUGCCAGACAUGUAGAAACGGUGUAUGGCUGCUUCAUUGUACGAAGGAGAUGCGUUAAAAAAAAGGGGGACAUUAACUGUUCAUAGACGACUACAUCAUGGUGGAUGUCAGACUGUACUCCCAUGCUGGAGGGACGCACUCGAGAACGCCAAUCUAUACAGACUACUAUCUGAUUGACAAUGAGAUCAGUGCCUUCAAUCACCGAGGGCGUCCCUGGGGCGGUAAUCGGGUGAGGGGUCGAGAUGUGUGGCGGGAUUUGCAGGAGAGGCCACGGUGGACAAUCGCAAGCGGACCCAACUGGUUGCUGAACAUAAAUGUCAACACAAGCGAAGGGACAACGCGCAGCAGUGGGAACACACGGGACUUUAACAUCACGGACGGACUUUCUCAUGGCAUCUACCUUACAAACAGGAUCAGACGCCCGUGCACAGUGGAGAUUCCGUAUCCUCUUGUUAACGUGAAUACCCGAGACGGUGUCUUCCUUCACGAGGGGCGGGUCGAGGUGGAGCGUCUCCGACGGUUCUCUCCUGCUGUCAUUGCAAUACACCUGGAUCUCCCCGAUGAGGAACCUUUCAGAAAGUUUAAGGACUUGUCAAACCAUCUUGCCCGUGUAGCGGAAGAACCGGAUGAUAGGGGUUUCUUCUUCUGGUUCAUCAAACGUCAGAGAGGACAAUGGAAUACACCAGUUAAAGACUCAUCUCUGUAUUUCAUAGAUCUCAACGGGAAACACUUGAAGUACAAGAUACACGCUGGGGAUUGUAUCAAGUUCGUAGUAGUGAUCACUGAGAGGAAUCCUUUGUCUUCUCAAAGCUUUUCAUCGACGCCUUCUCCAACUUCUCAACCUCGUAGUUCCAGCAUUGACAGCAGCGACCCUUCACCUCCUCCAUCUCCUCCUCCUUCUCCUCAUUCUCCAAGACCUCGCACAAGUAACAAACUGACCCAGACUGACAGCAUUGACAGCAGGGAUCCUCCACCUCCUCCUCCUCCUCAUUCUCCAAGACCUCGCACAAGUAACAAACUGACCCAGACUGACAGCAUUGACAGCAGGGAUCAUUCACCUCCUCCUCCUCCUCAUUCUCCAAGACCUCGCACAAGUAACAAACUGACCCAGACUGACAGCAUUGACAGCAGGGAUCAUUCACCUCCUCCUCCUCCUCAUUCUCCAAGACCUCGCACAAGUAACAAACUGACCCAGACUGACAGCAUUGACAGCAGGGAUCAUUCACCUCCUCAACCUCCUCCUCAUCAUCAUCAUUCUCCAAGACCUCGCACGAGGAACAGACCGACACAGACUGAUAGAAUUCGUACAAAGAAUAAAGCUGCUCAAAGUCGGAGAACCAAAGACCAUGAACCAUUCAUUGAUCCUGGUCCGACCUUUUAUGAUGGUGAGGAAGUCCUGGCCCGAUGGGAGGAUGACAGAUGGUACUACAAAGGAUGGAUCGCCCGGCGCUAUGAUGUGAACAACUACUACUGCGUGAAAGAUAGCACAAGCCAAUGUGACGUCAUCAACUGGGAGGAUAUCAUCCGGGCAACUGACCAUUACGACGCUGUGUCUCCUGACAAGAGAGACCGUGUCCGUGUCCUGGCUCCCCAUCCUGUAUAUUACUGGAGCUACGCCCCUGGCCGGGUCAUAGAAGCGAUUGGUCAGAAACUGACUGUCCGGUUCUAUGACAACAAUCAGACAAACAUCGAGAAAUGGGACGUGUAUCCUGCCAGGAACCGACAGAAAUAUCUCAAGGACGUGGAGGACAUUCAACAGCGAGAGAAAGACUGGGAGGGGAAGGAGGCCGUUAUCAGAGACGAGUCAGGGGUGUACAGACCGGGUAGAGUUAACAAACAGAUAGGAUGUCAGCAGAGGUACACCGUAACAUGGGAGGAUGGUCAGUGCGGGGAACAGAUGUCCAUCCACAUCUAUGGAACCUACACCAAGACGAUCAAGUUCAAGGUCGGCAGCUACAUCCUGGCACUUGCUGACCCUGACAACAACUAUUUCCUUCCGGGUGAAGUGACAAGGGUCCACGAAGAUGGAGAUGUUCAAAGGCUUCAGGUGGAUUUUGUCAACGGGGAAAGGUCAAAGGAUGCCCUCUCCACGGAUAGUUACUGGAUGAAUAAGAUGGCCUACACUGAGGCGGAGGAGGUGUUUCGGAUGCAUCACCCCGAGAGUAGUGACAAGGAAGAGGUCUCUCGUUAAGCCUAGGUUGCACUCGGCUCAUCUCCAUCCCAUGUAUGUCAUCUCGGAAAGCAUCUCUAGAGGAAUCCAUAUUAGAACUAGAUGCACUAGUUUCACAAUACACGUGACUAUGACAUAAUAUGGUAGGCGUCGUGCCCCUUAGAAAUGCCUCCAUAUGAAAUAAUUUUUGAAUAUCUAUUUCAUACGAACUACCUGUAUAUACCGAUGUAGUUUAAUUAAAACUAUGAUCAUAACCAUUUUUCAAAAGCAUCAUGCCACAAAAUAUAUAUUUCAGACAUUCAUAUUAUCCUAACAUACAAAAAAAAAUAGUAAGUAGAGUAAAACGUUACGGACGAGGAAGAACGGGGCUGUGGUUUAACCUUUUGGUAAAAGCGUUCGCAGAAAAAGGGAUAACAAUCCUCUUUGCAAUUUUAUCAGGCGUGUUUUCCACGAGCGUCAUACGACUCUUGCUCAAAAGUUGUUUAAUCAAGAUUACAACAUUCAAAACCCCAGUAAAGUUUUCCAAUCGUUUUAUGGUAGACACGUGGAGGACAUGUGGAUGCUCUAUGCAAUUCCCUAUUUUGACUUAUACCAUUUGUUCCCGUGUUUUUAUCGGGUGAACGAUUGACUUGCCUUUGCAUGUGUUUGUGACGGGUCCCACCGUUGGGACAGGAUACGUUCAGCUUUUCGCGAACACCUGGUGUCAUCACUUUUUGAUAGUCAUUCAUGAACAUGUGCUCUUGAAUCUAACAUCUAGUCUCUUAGAGAAAAAAAACAGUUGUUAAAUUAUAGUUGUAAAAUAUAAUAAAAAGGAGCCUAGAGACUUUCUUCAUUCUCAUACUGCAGUAAUACGACUUAUAGACUUGCAUGGGCUGUAUUGGAUAUAUUUGUUUCAGGGUCUUUAUGAUAGACUAGUACAAUUGACUGUACGUUUUGCAGAGAUUUCUUUUAAUAUGGAAAAGGUUGUGUCACAUUUAAUUACCAUAUUGAUACACUGUGUCGCGUGACAGUGUAUAUUGUAUGUUUAUUUUAUGAUGAAUGAAACUGACAGUAAUUUAAUGAGGCACUCAUUAAAUGUCACGUGUUGAUAGUGACCUUGACCUUGCUCCAUUCACCGCUUCACACUUUCGUUACCCUACCGGUAUGGAAAGCUCCGUUGUGAUGAGCUUGACUUGUUUCAAGUUAUCAACUUCCGUCAGGAACUACUUUUCAGGCAGUAUCGUCUAGAGUGAGUGAGGGAGUGAGUAUGGUUUUACGCCGCUUUUCUUUCAGCAUUCCAGCAAUAACACGGCGGCGGACACCAGAAAUGGGCUUCACACAUUGUACCCAUGUCGGGAAUCGAACCCGGGUCUUCUGCGUGACGGGCGAACGCUUUGACCACUCGGCUACCCGACGGCGGUCUGUAAAUAAUCGAGUCUGGACCAGACAAUCCAGUGAUUGACAUCAUGAGCAUCGAUCCACGCAAUUGGGAUCGAAGACAUGCAUCAACCAAGUCAGCGAGCCUGACCACCCGAUCCCGUAAGUCGCCUCUUUCGACAAACAUAGUCGCCUUUUACGGCAAGCAUGAGUUGCUGGAGACCUAUUCUACCCCGGAAUCUUCACGGGCUGGGGCACAUACUGAACAUUCGUGAGUGGUCCGACUUAGGGCCUGUUUUUAUAUAAUACUGCUGCCUCAUAUAUGCCAUAAUUGUAUUGCCUUUUAUGAAUGUAAACCCUAUCUUCUUCUUUUUUUAAAUAAUUUGUUAAUUUUUCAUUCAUCUUGUGUCAUUUUUUACCGAUUUCGCCAGCUAGUUCUGUGCGUACCCAUGUCUGUGUUGACCUUCGCGUGUCAAUUUGGGGAUCAACUCGCAACAAUUGCAACUCUAACAUUUCUGAGAAUUAACCCUGAAAGAAACACAUUCCUCAAAGAGGUGUCGUGGAGAGUUACGUCCCUCAGCAUACCAGGAUCCUCUGUUCACGAGUUUGAAUCCCAUAUACACACUAAUUAGGAUCCUUUAUCUGUCAGCACCAUACACAUGCCGCGUCAUCGUUAAUCCAGUUCCCGGGGGCACGGGUGGCCCAAUCGUCUGAGGCGCCGCGAUUCGCUGUGCAGAGUUGCGUCCCUUGGGCACGCCAGGUCAUGUUUCUAGGUUUGCCAGCACCAUACCCGUGCUCGUGGGUUUCACCGAAGUGGUAAACGUCUGAGACCUGCAUCACUUUGGGCUUUCCUCCCACAAGCCGUCAUGUAACUGGAAUACUGUUAAAAGUGGCGUUAACCCCAACUCACUCACUCACUAAUCCAGUUCCCUCACUCACACAAUAAACUCACAUGCAGUGAUUUUACUUGGACACUGAUCAUAAUGGCGUUAAAUCCAACUCCCUCACUUACUCAGUCGGCGGUUUUAGAUAAACUACCUCUUGCAGAAAUUGUUUUGCAAUUUUAGCGGUUCCUUCUAUCGUUAUUGUGUUCAAUAUAUAGGUUGAUUAUGUAGAACAAAACUGAACGAUCGACGAAAAACAAGUACACACCGGUAAGAGCAACAGCAAAGUUAUUUCGUUUGUAUAUUCCAAAUAUACACUCUUGAUAACUAUUGAAAUUAACAGCUGUGCAUGUAUUAAUAACAAUAAUUGAUACAAUAAAUGUUUUCAGUCAG